GCAUGCUGGGCCGGGGGCGCCGCCGGGGCUCGCGCCCUGGGCUGCAAGGCCGCCGCUGCCCCGGGCGCCCGGUAUGUCGGUGCACUACACCCUCAAUCUGCGCGUCUUCUGGCCCCUGGUGACCGGCCUCUGCACUGCCCUCGUGUGCCUCUACCAUGUCCUGCGGGGAAGCGGGGGCGCCCGGGCCGAGCCCCCCGACGGUGCGGACGGCGGCUUCCCGCUGCUCAAGGUGGCCGUCCUGCUCCUCCUUGGCUACAUCCUCCUGCGCUGUCGCCACGCUGUUCGGCAGCGCUUCCUGCCAGGGUCUCCUCGCCUGGGGAGCCACCCGACCUUCUCUCCUAGACACUUCCGAGAGCCGAGUCUUGGCAUCUUGCUGGAGAGUUACUACGAGCACGAGGUGCGCCUGUCCCCGCACGUGCUGGGCCACAGCAAGGCGCACGUGAGCCGAAUCGUAGGCGAGUUGGUGCGGGCUGGCCGCGCCCGCGGGUCCCCCGGCCCCAUCCCUGGCGGGGCGCUGGCGUUGGCCUUCCGUGGAGACUUCAUCCAGGUGGGCAGCGCCUACGAGCAACACAAAAUCCGGCGGCCCGACGGCUUCGACGUGCUGGUGCCGCUGCGUCUCCCGCCGCUGGUGGCGCUGGAGCCGCGGAGCCUGGGCGCCGAGCCCGCGCUGGCCCCCGCCUUCCGCGGCUGCUUCGUGUGCGCCCUCAAGGCGCCGCCCGGGGCCUCCGGGAGCCACUGGCUGCGGGACUGCAAACCCUUCGCCGACGGCUUCUGCGUGGACGUGCUCGGGCGGCGUCACCUCUCUGCCGCGCUGGUGCUGCGCUGGUUCCAGGCGCACCUGCAGCGCUCCCUGGCCACCGUGCGCUACAGUCUGGAGGGGCGUUGUCGGGUCAGCCUGACCCCGGGCGGCCUGGAGCAGGCUCCCACCCUGCACAUCCUGCCCUGCCGCACCGACUACGGCUGCUGCCGCCUUUCCAUGGCAGUGCGUCUCAUCCCCGCUGUGCAUUUGGGCGACGGCGUUUUCCUCGUGGCACCGCCACCAUCCCCCUCGCCCGUCGGGCCUCUGUCGGAGCUCCCUGGAGGCCUGCGCACGGAUGCACUGUGGGGUGUGAACACAGCUCGGCAGGAGCAGAAGCUGCUGAGCUGGCUGCAGGAACGGGCCCCUCCAGGUGCCUGCUACCUCAAGUGCCUGCAGUUGCUUAAAGCUCUGCGAGACCUGGGCGCCCGCGGGCUGGACCCGACGGCCGCCACCCAGUGGGGACGCAUCCUGUCCUCAUACAUGCUCAAGACAGUGCUGCUGGCGGUGCUGCUGCGGGAGGGGGCUCCUGCUUCAGGCUGGGACGAGGCGCACCUGGGCGAGCGGUUGGAGGAGUUAGUUCAGUUCCUUAGGGACUGCCUGCUGAGACGCCAUACGCUCUUCCACUGCGUCCUGGGCCCUGGUGGGGCGGCUGCCGAGGUGGGCCCGCUGCCCAAGGUACUGCGUGAAGCUGCCCCCGUUGAUCUCCUGGCUGCUUUCGACAGGCACGCCCGGGAACUUGCAGCGGCGCGGUUGCUGUCCACCUGGCGAAGGCUGCCCCAACUUCUCCGGGGCUACGGGGGUCCUCGCUACCUUGCCAGGUGCCCCCCACCCCGGAGUCAGCGCACGCAGGGGUUCCCUGAAGAUCAGCCAUAAACCUUGACAGUGCCCCCACCCGGCCUAAUGCUCCUAAAGCCUCUCCCACCAGAUGGGGUGGGGAUGGCAACGAAGCCAGUUUAAUGCAAGGAAAUGAGGUGCCAAAGGUGAUGGAAAAUUUGGCGGGUGACGUAUGGUGGCUUAUAUGUCCCCCCUGACUCCACAAUCCAGCGUAUCCUUAGCAAGCUACGGAAAGACCUCCAACACCAGCAGCUAAGAGUUGGUUCAAAUGUUGGUUUGUGUGGAAUGAUUCUGCAAAGGAUCCAGCUUUUAGGGAAGCCCAAUAAAGGAAACAAGAACUAGCUGCAGAGAAAGUUCCCUCUGUCAGUUUUUGAGACAGAUCUCUGGCCCCCAAAUUCUAAGAAGCUAUUUUUUUUUCCCCCUAUAACUAUUUGCUCCGUCCUGGGUUCCUGGUUGUCUUUUAAAAAAUCGGAAUCUUUAUCUACAACUGGAAUUGAAGUUCUAUUCUAGGGGCUAAUGUUCUGAGGAAUACAGUUUUCACUAUUCAAAUUAAUAUUAAUGUGUUUUUUAAGUGGUGCAAUCACGGGUGUUUGACAGGACUGCAAAGAAUUAAGUCACAUGUGUUGAGGGGCAGUCAAGAGUUGGUUAGAGAAACUUCCAGAGCAAAUAGCACUUUAUUUUGAUCAGUCCUUUCAUUUUGUGGUAAUUGCCACUGCCAAGUGUUGCAUCCAAAAGGGAGGCCAGUUACCUUUAUUAUAAAGAAAUGUGCAGUCUUAAAAAGCAGGCUUGCUUAACAUCCUGCGGGCACACCCUACGGUAUGUACCAGUCAGCAGGCAUUCAUGGAGAGCGCACUGUGAGCCAGGGGCGCCAAGUAGCAAAAAAUAUGUGUUUAGGACCAUACCGGUGAGCAGGGAAAACAGGUUGGGUUUUGAGAAAGAUACAUUUCAGUCUUUGCCUAUCCAGGUGAGUCACCAGAGCUUGCUGCUGGCCGGAGGCGGAAACAUUUGUUGUUGUUUGAAGCCUUUUGAACAAACUCCUCUGCAUGGAAAUGUCUUUCUGAGUUUCGUGAGAUAAUGAGCAAAUGCCUGCCGUAGUGCCUAGCAUGUAGUUAGCUCCCAGAGUCAGUGCUCAGUGAUGGUUAGUGGUCACCACGUUUCCCUCCCAUCCCCCUGGCGGCCUUUAAGUGGUCCUAAGGCCGACUUGGAGGAGCGGCUGAUUCGGCCCAGGUCUUGUAAAGCAUUUCCCAUAGACUUCAGUAUCUUUGGCUCUGUGCUCCCUGACCACGGAUCAGCAGUCAGCUGAGGAGAGUGAGGUGCGGGUGACAGCUCUUGGCCAGCAGUCUGCUGUUUUUUCUCUUUGGACAUCAAUAUCCCCAACUCACUUUAGGUUUAGGUUCAGAAUAGUCCAUCAUCUGCUUGCCUAAUAGAAAAUGCAGCCAGUCCCACCCAGUGUUAGACUUUGGGACUCUUUAAUAUUUUUGACAAAGACAUGUAUUUCCUUAGACUCUUAAAGGUAAAACUUGGAAGACAGAAAUAGCCACCUGAAUAGGGCCAUUGUUUAGCUUCGGGGUUAUUCUGAGGGAAUUCUUUAAAGUUUCUUUAGGGGACCAACUUGGCCACUGCAGGAAAUCAUUGUGAAUAAAUGAUUUGCAGGGGAUCCUCGUGGGAGCUGCAGAGACUUCUUAGAUCCUUUGCAACUUUGGACUGUAAGAGAAACAGUUGCAAAUGUCAUGCCCUCUCUUUGAGGUUGUGGGGACAGUUCCUCUUGAUAUCACAAAGGUCAUUCCCAGUUUUUAAGGUCAGUGUUAGGUCAUAAGGUACUGAGUUUAGUAAAGGGAUCAGUCUACCAACUUCCUACAAAGAUAUAAACUGCAGAGUGUUUCUUAAAAUUACUUAUUAAAACAGAUGCAAAGAGUAAGUAGAUCUUUAUAUAUAUAUAUAUUUAUAAUGUUUCCAUAUCAGCCCCAAUUCCCCCUGUAGUCUUGUUAAGUCUACUGAAAUGGGGAACAGCAAGGCUAUUGGAAGGAUUAUAAAGCUUUAAAAGCUGAACUUUCCAAAUGUCUCUAGUUGAGUUGAUAGCUUCCUUUUUUUUUUAUCUUGCUAGUCGUUUGAAGUUUAAAUCUGGUAACAUUUUUGUUCUUGUAGUGUUUUUGUUAUUUUUUUUUUCAGGUUAAUUACCCAAAGCCUCAUCCAUCCUCAAGAUUUUUAAAUUUUAUUAUUAUUUUUUAAUUAAUGGGGCAUUGUGUUUGUGAAUUGUUAAAAUAUUGUUUUAUUUAAGCGCCAUGCUGAGCAAUUGUUCUCUGUACAUGGCAACCAAAACCUAGAUUUCGAUCAAUUUUGAUCAAUGUGUAGUGAUCCCAAACAUGUACUGUGUACAAAUGAAAUAAUAUGGUAUAUUAGCCAGGUGUGAUGGUUGCCCGAGGCACUUAAAUUAAGCUCAAUUCUGUCUUUUAUCAGGGCUCCAUCACCUCCUUGAUCUGAAAUGUACACAUUUUUGGUGUAUACUUGGUACUAGAGAUUAAUGUAUGCAAAGAUUCUUAUACAAGCCUCCAAAUUGCUCGUGGUAAAAAAAAAAAAAAAAAAAAAAGAUUAACUGUCCAGCCAGUGCCGGAAGAAAAGUUCUGGGGACGAUGACUCAGCCAUUUUGCCUGAAGACACCCUUCAGUAACUCCCACUGACCAGUCUUGGGAGCCAUCCUGGAAGGCUCGUUGUGGGCUGAGAAAAGGAGACUUUUUUUGCAAGAGGAAAUGGAAGAAGCUGUAAGAAGGGAGACCGAGAGCAAGGGAACCAAGAGAAAUCUGAAGAAUUCAGGAGAGAGGCCUUAAGAGGGAAGUGAAGGAAGAGAUGGCGAGAAGGGGAACCCCAGGGAAGGGGGGGAAUCACAUGAGGGUGCAAGAGGUUUGGGUAGGAAAAACAUUUUUAGCUAUGUGCUAUUUCAAGCCAGGGGUCGCAAACUCAGCAGCCUGCGGAAGCAAGGCAGGGAGAUCAGUCCGGGAAGGGGUGGGUGGGUGGUGGGGGGCUAUGCCCCUCUUAAACAGGGCAGCCAUUGGUCAGCUCUGUGCUGGGAAAAAGGGAGGGAGGGGCCGGAAAUCAGGAUUCUUUUUUUUUUAAAGUGAAACUUUCUCAUUUUUAAACAAAAUCGUUUUAAAUUGUCCCACACACCAAGUGGGCCAAACAGAGCAUUUGCUUGAGCCUGGGGCCACCAGUUUGCGACCCCUGCUGAACAUGGUUAAUCCUCCAAGUAUAUAUAAGGUUAUAUUUAUUGUUCUGGAGAUGUCGUUAUACAUAGUUGGGGGUGUGAUAUUUCAAGUCCUUAUUUCUCAGAGCUAAGCUUUAUUAUAGAAACAAACCAAAAAAAAAAAAAAUAACAGGGCCACAGAUAACACUUAACUCAUAGUUCCCAGAAGGACCCUCGAUCCGGGAGCUGUUCUUGUCCAGCUACACAUCCUCCAAGCAAACCACUGGGGGCCAGUUCUUGGCAUUUCCUUCCUGGUGAGUCGGUGCUCUGUCUCGGAGUUCACAGAUGAGUAAUCAGGAAGGAUUGCAGAAUAACUUGUUUCUUUUUGAUUUGUAUUUUGUUCUGAUUUUUAAAUUAGUCAUUUUUUUUAAGUAGUCUCCCAGACUGUGGCUUAGCAGUGAUGGUGGGUGGCCUUGGACCCCAGAAAACCAGUGCUGGGUCUUCAGGCCAAGCUUCUUAGGCUUGUUACCAUGCCCACCGCCGAGAACACUGUUGGCUUCCACCAAAACUGACAUCCUCGCGUUCGGAAGGGAUGAACCAAACAUGCUUCCAAAGCAUCUCUUUUUUUAACCUCAUGGAGUAAGUCACUCUUUCUAUAAAAUGUGGCCUUUGACUUAACUUAAGAAGACUUAACUUAUCCCUACCCACCUGGAGGAAGGCUAUUACCACCUUCCCCAGUAGUGGGGGAAAUGAACCUCAUUAACAUUUCCAGUGACCCUUGGGAGGGAAAAAAGUUCAGUGUUAUCAUCUUGGUGUUUGUUAAUUUUUUUUUUUUUUAAAUCACACGUCUGUUACUUAGACACUACUGUUUAUUUUCUUUUAUACCUACAUAGCACAUGGUUUGAUGGGAAUUUAGCAAGUAUAAGUUGGGAGAGGCUGAAGAUAAUAUGCAAUCAUCUAUACAGAGAGAAUAGCCUAAAAAAAUGAUAUGUAAUCUGGUUUUUGAAGUAUCAGAUAUUCAGGAAUAUUUUUAGCACCGUUUGCUUUAAAAAAUAAUUGUGCCUUGAUUCAGUGACUUGACUUUAAAACAUUCCUCUUAUUUUAUUGUUAUUUUAAAUGUGUAUUCUGACCCCCAGCUGUGUACUCUGACGCAGUCUGCUGGCUGCAGUCAUAGUAUAUGGUUUGUUCCGAUAACAGAGACCAAAGGGUUAAUCAAAUAUGAUCCCGCUGCUACAGGUGUGUGAUUAAAAGUUUUAGAUCACACCACAUUUCCAUGGCCCAAACAGUUGGGGCCAGCCAUUUGUUUUCUAUUUCAGGUUGGAGUAAAUUUGCACUUUUAAUCUUUUGGGUUUUUUGAGGGGGGCCUGUUCUUUUAUACUUUGCUUUGUUAAUAAAGGAACUUGUAGAAAA